GGUCGACCAAACUACUCUUCAGUACAAAGAAUAGAUAUCAUAGUGCGCGUAAAGUUUACGCGUCAAAGGAAAAGAUAUAUCGUCGUUAUGUUUAAGAAUAAUUUUCUUCUUUAAAUAAGUCACAGAGAUUGAUGAAAAAUUUAAAACGCACUAAAAUGCCGGACAAUGAGAAUCCAAUUAAAAGAAUACGUUUAGAUGGACCAGCUUCAGGAUCUGAUGCCAGGAAUCAUGAUAACAAUGAUGAUAAUUUAUCUGACAAUGAUAGUGAGUUAUUAUCGUCUCUUGGUGAGGACGAUUGCGACUUCAUUAGUACUGAUGAAAGUGAAGAAAAUUCAUCUGCGAAUCCAAGAAAUUCUCAAAAAGAAGAAGAAGAAGAAGCAAUAAAAGAAGAAAAAAAAGAAAUUAAAAAUACAAGACUUCACGUGGCCGUAAUUGAUGAAGACAUAGAAUUGAUUAAUGAAAUUCUGAGUUCCGGAGUCGACAUUGAUGCACCUGGUGAGAAAAACCAGACAGCACUCCACUUGGCUGUUUAUAAUAAGAAUUUGCCAAUCAUCGAGUGUCUGCUAGAGUACGGAGCCAGUGCAUUUGUUUCGAAUAAAUCAGAUGAUCAAUCUGUACAUUGGGAAACUCCAUUACAUACUGCAGUAAGAGAAGAUCGUCUGGACAUUGUUAAAUUACUCUUGACAACGCAGGUAGACGUAGACAAACUGAUGAAAAAUUAUUAUACAGUCUUGGAAUUUGCAAAUCAACAUAGAAAUUACAAACUAAGAAACUGUUUGCUUAGAAGUUCAAGCCACGUUGAAAGCAAGAACUUGAUAAAUAGAAUGCCGAGUACUUCUUCAGUAGAAACCUUGCGUAAAACGGAUGACAAAGAAAAUUCAAUGUAAGAAAAAAAUUCAAAUAUGAAUUUGUUUAACAGAGAUGGUCAAACACCACUGUUCCUAGCAGUUCAAAAUAAAAGUAUAGAUAUAGUUGGAUAUUUGUUGGAUAACGGAGCUGAUAUAAAUAGGAGAAAUUACAUUAAUGGUAGUUUUGAUUGUACUGCAUUAUUUAUUGCAAUUGAAAUCGAUGACGAAAAUAUGGUACAGUUUCUAUUAAAUAAUGAAAAUUGUAACAUUAUGACUAAAACGUGCAGUGGCUUUACACCACUCGAUACUGCAACUCGUCGUGAUAAUUUAGUAAUCGUUAAGAUGCUAAUUGACAAAAUUGCCAAACAUAAAGUAUAUGGUAAAGAUAUAAUUAGUCACUUGUUGUCAUCCUUUCAUACGGCCAUUCAUAGAAGUUUUAUGGAGAUAACGAAAUAUUAUUUGGAUACUUUUAAAAUUCUAAUUAAUAUGAAGUCAAUGCAGGGAGAAACUCCAUUGGAAAGCGCGGCAAGAGUUAAUAAUUUGGAAAUAUUUAAAUUACUACUGGACUAUGGAGCCGAAAUUAAUUAUUCUUUAAAAGAGAGAUAUGAAAGGGUGGUCGAAGGAAAAUCUCCGAUGUCUUAUGCAGUACUAAAUGCAAAUGAUAUGAUGGUAGAUUUAAUUUUCAGCAGAGGUACUCAAACCAACUGUUUCGAUAAGUCAAAGAAUGGAGUAACGAUACUGCACUUGGCUGUUCAUUCAGGAAGUAAGGAUAUUAUUAAAAGAUUAUUAGAUCGUGGGCUUGAUAUAAAUAGUAAAUGUAAAAUAAAUGGUUACAAAGAAAUGACACCGUUACUUUAUGCUGCAUGUCGAAAUUCAAAUGACAUUGUUCCGUUGUUGGUAGCGAAAGGAGCGAACUUGAAUGACACGGCCAAAGUAAAAUCUAAACGCAUGUCUAUUAUUGAUAUCGCUAUUAGAGAACGCUGUGGUGGCGAUUUUGUGAUGAUGUUAUUAAAUGAGGGUGCUGAUAUUAAUAUUUCGAGCAUUACUGAUCGCAGGUUGACGGAAAAAACUUCAAAGAUACUCGAGCGACAUUUACUUAAACUAAAAGCUGCUGAACUAUUUGUACACAACAAAUUUGACGGUUGGGUCAGUCUUGGAAUGGAGAAGAAAGUAUUUUACAAUAAAUGCCGAAAAGAAGUUAAAAAGAUGAAAGAGAAAAUAAUUAAUGAGGGUACGAUUUGUUAUUAUGAUUUGCUGAUUAAGAGGGUCGAUCAGGUGGCAAUGUUUGCAGACAAUAAAGAUAUUGAAGAGGCUCUGGAGUUCGGUAAGCUCGAGGCAAAGUUUCCGCUCUACGCAGAGAUGUUGCUUUAUAAUUUCAAAAGAGGACAGAGGCGUCAUCAACUGUUGAAGGCUUAAGAGAUGCUGAGGGAUAUUUUUAUCAACUUGCCCGAUGAUUGUGUGCCAAAAAUUUUAAUGUAUUUUAAUAAUUAUGAUUUAUUGAGGUGUGCAGGAAAA